GGCUUAUCAGUCUUUAUAGCUAAUAUGAAGGUGUAUUCCAUCAUUAUGGAUUUGGAUUGAUCAGUAGAAUGGGCAAUGAGAUGGGGAACCGAAAUGUAAACGGUUUGCAAGCUUCUGAGCAGGACGAUGUUUUGGCUUCUAUGGAGACUUACAAAUCUAUGAAAGCUUCGCCUGUUUUGAACAAUACUGAAGGCUUUAUAGAGAAGCAAGACGCUGAGGAUAUAAUUGAAAAUGGAACUUCAAAAGCAUCAGCUACACUCAACGAUGGUGACCACAUAAUUAAAGGCCUGACCGAUGACCUUGCAGGUGGCGUGGAAGAAGAUAAAACUCUAAUCAGCAAAGAAAGCUCAAUAUGUUCAAUGGAAUCAGAUGGUGGAGGUGGACUGAAAGAUCAAGAGCAAUAUGAAGUUGAGGAAAUAACAAUGAAUGAACAGAUGAAAUGCUCGAUAAUAGCAAAUAAUGCAGAGGACCAACAAAUGGUGACCAAUUGCCUCGAAGAUAAUCUCCUGGAGCAACAUGACAGUGAAGAAGGAUCUAGGAAUGAAUCUUCGGAAGCUUUAAUUAUCUCAAUUAAAGAACAAGAUCAAAAAAGUGAAAAUCAAAUUAUUGCUUCAUUGCAUUCUGUCGAAUCAGAUGAGAAGCAUACAAAUGCCAUUCCUGAUGAAGGAUCUACCAAUAAAUCUUUGGAAACCUUAAUUAUAUCAGGUGAAGAACAAGAUCAAAUAAGUGAAAGUCAAACAGUGGCUUCAGAGCAAGUUGAAUCAGACCAGAAGCAUGCAAACUCUAUUCCUGAUGGUUCAACAAAUAAAUCUUCAGAUGCUUUAAUUAUCUCAAAUGAAGAACAAGAUCGAAAAGGUGAAAAUCAAACAAUUGCUUCACUGCAUUCCCUAGCAUCAGAUGAGAAGUACACAAAUUCCAUUUUUGAUGAAGAAUCUAUGAAUGAAUCUUUGGAAGCUUUAAUUAUCUCAAGUGAAGAACAAGAACGGAAAAGUGAAAAUGAAACAAUUGCUUCAGUUCAUUCUCUCCAAAAAGAUGAGAAUCAUACAAAUUCCAUUCCUGAUGAAGGAUCUUCGAAUCACUUUUCAGAAGCUUUAAUUGUCUCAAGUAAAGAACAUGGUCAAAAAUGUGCAAACCAAACAAUUGCUUUAGUGCAUUCAUUCGAAUCAGAUGAGAAGCAUGCAAAUUAUAUUCUUAAUGUUCCAUCAGCAUCAGAUGAAAAAGAUCUCACUCAAAAACAGAUAUUGGAGGAAAAAGUAGAUGAAGAAACAUCAGUUACUAUUGAAACCUCACAAAUUGUAUCAAUCGAUUUAGAGGACAAUGAAGAGGAAGUGAAGACAAGCAAUGAGGGCAUUCCAAUAUCAAAUGAUGCAGAGAGAGAAACCAUAAAAGAUGAAACUAUAGAGAGGCCUACUGAGGCUGAUACUUCUGUUCCUGACUUAACAUUUGAGGUCAAAGAAUCACAAAAAGAGGUUGAAGAACAUAAUGAAGCCGGAGAACAGCAAUAUCUACAGUCCGAUAUAAUUGAAAAUGAUUGUGAACAGUCACAGAUACUAGAAUCCAUCAACUCAGCGUAUUUAAAUGCAAUUGAUUCAGAGAUUGAAAGGUUGGUAUUCAACACUGAUUUAAUAGCAUUUGAUGAGUUGGCUAACAAUAAAACUGAAAUUACACCGGAAGACGAUGUAUUUGAGGAAAUUAUUCAAACUGUCGAGACAAUAGAAGUUGUUGGCAGAAAUUCCAACGAACGAGAUAAACUUCCAAGUUUAGUAUCAGAGGAAUGCAAUGAGAUAGGAGAAGAUGCUUCUCUAGCUGAAAUUUCAGUUGGGGGACUUGAAGGAAAGAUAGAAGAUGGUGGAGAGGGAUCACAAGGCAACGCCGAAAGUACUGAACUUCCUGAAACAAGCAAAGAGACAACCGAUGGUGCAUUGGAGGAACAAACUAUUGAGGCCAAAGAAUUUGAACCCAGUAAUAGCAAUCAACAAGAUCAGCUACCAAGUUAUGCACUAGAUGAAUGCAAUGAGCUUCGAGAAGAUGCUCCACUUGAUGAAAUUUCAUUUGGAGAAUGUGAAAGCAAAGAUAACAGUGCAUAUCAACUUUCUGAUCCAUGGAGCCGUCACGAUGGAAUUGUUUUCAAAGAUACUGAAGGUAAAAUAGAAGAUACCGAUGCAAAACAAAGUACUGAAGAAGAAAUAAGUCAACAGCUCAAUCAAAAGUCAAAUGAAGGACCAAAUGCACAGAUGUUUGAGGAACUGCUGACCAAGAUAAGCUCAAGAGAAAUGGCAAUGGUAGCAUCAUCGCAACCUGAGCUACAUGAAGAAAUGAAUAUCCAACAUGCAAUGGCAACCAAAAAAGAAUUUGAACAGCAGCAUACUGCUCUGGAAACAGAAUUACAAGCAAACAUGAAGAGUUUGAUUGCUUCUAUUAAUGUGAGUGGAGGUGCUCUCACUGACACUCUCAGUGUGGCAACUCAAAAAGAGAAUCAGAAACAAUGGCAAGAUGAAAUACAUGCAUCAAUGGGCACAAUGGUAGGUCAACAAGCUGAUGUUUCUCUGGUUGACAACUAUGAAAUGCCUCAUGUUUUCAAAGGUGAUCUUGAAGAAUCAAAGAAUAGCAAAGAUGCAAUCAAUGAAUCAACUCAAGAGAAAUCCAAUUCAGAUGCCCUCGCAAACACAACAAUAACAGAAAUUCAAGCUUCUGAACUUCAGACACCAAAGCUAGCAUUUCAAACAAGUGUCCAUGAAUCUGAAGAAGAAUUGGCAGGAAAUAGCGAUGCAGGAAGAACGAAGGCCGCUGAGUUUGAGAAUAAUCCUUCCAUGGAUCAAGAAAAGACUAUAAAAUGUGAUGUUUUCGCCAUUUGCCAAGACAUCAGCAAAACUGGAGCAGAAACCUCGUAUUCAGUCUUACAAUCCUACAGUGAGGAAUCUGACAAGCACCCGCUGUUGUAUCAGAAGGAGAUGGAAGAGAGUGAAGUUCCAAAGGUGGGAAGGAGUGAUUCUGGGAAAUUAAGAGUUCCUCUUCUUAGUCUAAUUAAAGAGGAAGUACAUGAGGUGAAGCCAUUGGAGAAGGAAGGAAGUCCUCUUAUUAAGAAGACUGUCGAAGAAGUUUGGAGAUCACCAGCCAAGAAAUCCAUGGCAGCAUCACCUCAAGCACGGGAGAAGCCAAAGACUAGAUCUUCUAUUUUCAGUAACUGCAUGUGUUGCACUACAGAAGUUCUGAAUUGAUGACUUCUUCCUUAUUUGAUUAAUUUCCAUAAUUAUUUCUUUCUUUCCUUUUGAGUGCAGCUAUUUGAUUUUGCUGAGUGCUUCUUUCUUCAUAUGGUGUUGUAUUUCUUUUUGUUUUUGUUUCAUAUGAUGUUGAUUUAAACUUAUUUCAGAGAUUGAAGUUUGGAAGGUUAUUAAGUUCUUGAGCAUGUGAAUUUGAGUUCAGAUUAAAAAUGUCCAUCUGUCUUUGAAUAUGUCUAGG